UGUGAGGUUGUGUUGCAAAAAAUUUUGUGUCCGUUUUUGUGUGAAAAUUUUCCCAUUUUCCGGUUUUCAAAAACCUUUUUUUAUUAUAUUUGUGCAUACAUUGCGUGGAGGAUUGCAAAAUGUCUCAGGAAGAGAAUAAUGCGCUUGAUGAUUCCAGUGUUACGAUGUUGGAUGUUUUGAAUGAGGAGCAGAAGCUUGAGGAAGAGAGCUUGGCUGUUCUUGGAGGAUCAGAUGAUAAAUUCUGCACGUAUUCGAAGGGAUAUGUGAAACGUCAGGCAUUGUAUUCGUGUCUGACAUGCUCUCCGGAAUCAGCGACGGAUGCUUCAAAAUGCGCUGGAGUUUGCCUGGCCUGUAGCUACCACUGUCACGAAGGGCAUGAGCUUGUGGAGCUCUAUACCAAGCGAAACUUCCGCUGUGACUGCGGGGGUGUCCGUAUGCCUGGGGUGAAGUGCUCCUUGGAACAAGAUAAAUCCGGGGAAAAUACAGAGAAUCGCUACAAUCAGAACUUCUCUGGGCUCUAUUGCUCCUGUCAUCGUCCCUACCCAGAUCCCGACGAUCCUAUUGAGGAUGAGAUGAUUCAAUGUAUCAUUUGCGAAGAUUGGCUUCACUGCCGACACUUGGAAGCAGCUGUCCCUACAGGGCAGGCAUUUUUUGAGAUGAUUUGCGCAGAAUGCAGCGAGAAGAAUGAUGUUCUGCACUACUAUCUUGGUUUAGCAGUGGGCAGAGUGGAGAAUGAGCCUGACACCGUGCCGGCGAAUGUGGAUGUUACAGAAGCUCAAGAGGAAAAGACAGUGGAUGAGAAGGUUGAUAAAGAAGUGACUCAGGGACCUUCAAAUGUUGAUGAAUCCAUGGAAUUGACGGAAGCUCCUAAAGCGGCUUCAGAAGCUUCAGAAUCUAAAGAGUCUCAGGAUGUUGACCAACCGAGUAGUUCUGUGGCAGAAGAUAAAGAACCAGAGGCCAAAAAGGCUAAAUUGGAUACAGAUGUACCCACUGAAAAGGAUGAAUCUCAAAUGGAGCCCUGCAAGAGACCAAGUGUGAAACUUACACAUAAACGAGGAGCAACAUUUUGGCCAGAAAAUUGGCGGGAACAGCUCUGCAAAUGCAGCGAAUGCCAGAAGGCAUACAAAGAGCUAAAGGUGGAAUUCCUUCUGGAACUUGAUGAUACUGUGCAGAGCUAUGAAGAGCAUGGGAAGAAUAAAAUCAAGGAAAGUGACUACGAGAGAGGCAUGAGAGCACUCUCCUCUAUGGACCACACCAAGCAAAUUGAUGCCAUCUCGGCGUACAAUCGCAUGCGAGAGAAACUCAAGGAGUACCUUCAUACAUUUGUGGCUAAUCGUCAAGUGGUCACCGAAGAGGAUGUUCGACGAUUUUUCCGCAUGAUGAAGAAUGAGAAGAAUGAGAAUCUUGGUCAGCCCCAUUUCUGUCGCUAAAUCUAUCAUCGCAGAACUAUUUAUUUCCUUUUUUCCACAGUAUAUACUUAUAUGAAUAUUCCAGUGAAGUUUAAAUUCCGGGUUUCAAUAAAAACCACUUAAUGUGAAA